AUGUUGAGGAGAAACAGAGCGCCACUCAGAGACACAUGGAUGCUGCUCGACACUUCUGCCCUUGCGGUACUGAGACACAAACACACAGAUAAAUGUCCAGACUGGAGGUGGCACUGGCUACUUUACUGAUGUCCGUCGCGUUGAGCCCCUCCUCCAGCUCUACACGGCAGCGGGACACACCGCAGGACUCGGCACAAAGUCCGAGUCACUCUCUGCACACAUGAGGGGCGUCACAAGCGGAAACCGUCCAACAAAACUGAGAGACAACGAGGAUUUUAUCGAGAAGAAACCAUCAUAUUAAAUCUUUACAAGCAGGGCGGUGAUCCAAGGCAGGUGUCAGAGAGUGUUGCCGUCAUCUGCGAACAAUUUGAGCGCUCUUGUGUUGUGGUCGAUGCACGCGACGACCGACGGCAUCGUUCACGAGCGACUUUCUGUCCCAUAUCUGUGCACCUCUAUAAAACCAGCAAGUAUUUACAGAGUCAUGCCGCAAGAGGAAAUUGCAACGCAAGUUUGCAUGGCGUCUCUGCUUUGAAGUAGGUUGUAGAUGUAAUUAAUUUUAUGGGCAGCACGUGAGUGGGAUGAAACGACCAUUAAGUGGGCACACCCGCGGGAUAUGAUACCUAACCUAACACACCCCGAAACUUCAGACACAGCAUCGGACCCUAUUGACUGGAAUUGGUGUUUGAAUCUCACUGAAUGAUUUUUGCGCUUCUGCAGAAAGGACACGCGACUAGAAGCGAGCCCACGAUGAGAUUGUUUUGCAUCUGAGUGCAUUGGACUUGGCGUUUUUAGUUAUAGACAGUUUUGGUUACACUAUAAAGAGUUUAAUCUGAGGAACCCACCAUCACUGAUCCCGAUGAGAAUGAUGGCAGUAUUAUGGGAUGACCCGUUCUCGUUGCUGUGGAGACGGACUCUAAUGUAUUCUCUUCUGGCGCUGUUGAUGAGUGGAGCGCGCGCCUCUGGUGAUGAAACCUUUAAUGGAGAGUCAUGGCUGCGGAUGUACGGCUACCUCCCUCAGGCCAGCAGGCAGAUGUCCACCAUGCGCUCGGCUCAAAUCCUGUCGAACGCCAUCAGCGACAUGCAACGCUUUUAUGGGCUGGAGAUCACUGGACAGAUGGACAUCGACACCAUAGAGGCCAUGAAAAGACCUCGCUGUGGUGUCCCUGACAAGUUUGGGGGUCAAAUCAAGACCAAUGUACGACGGAAACGUUAUGCCCUUACUGGCCACAAGUGGGACAAGACCCACAUAAGUUUCAGUAUUCAGAACUACACGCCUAAGAUCGGGGAGUACAACUCAUACGAGGCCAUCCGAAGGGCCUUCAAAGUGUGGGAGAAAGUGACGCCGCUGACAUUUGACGAGUUUCCUUUCCAUGAGGUCAAAUACGGCCGUCGGAAGGAACCGGAUAUUAUGAUCUUUUUCGCGUCGGGUUUCCAUGGUGACAGUUCUCCGUUUGACGGAGAGGGGGGUUUCCUGGCUCAUGCUUACUUCCCUGGACCGGGGAUGGGGGGAGAUACUCACUUCGACUCAGACGAGCCGUGGACCAUCGGCUCGCAAAACCUACAAGGUAAUGAUCUGUUCCUGGUGGCCGUACAUGAGUUGGGCCAUGCCCUUGGACUGGAACACUCCAAUAAUCCUUUGGCGAUUAUGGCUCCUUUCUACCAGUGGAUGGACACGGAAAACUUUGAGCUGCCUGAGGAUGAUCUCCGUGGGGUCCAGCAGAUUUACGGACCCCCGAACAGUUCUCCCACUCAGGCUCUCCCCACCGUGACCCCUCGGCGCCCUGCCCAUCCGGACCCCAGGGUCCCUCAGCCUCCUAAAACCCCCCCCGGAGCACCCCCUCGCCGGCCACCGGGGCCUCGCACCACCGAACGCCCCGAUCACUACGGCCCGAACAUCUGCGAGGGCAACUUCGACACCGUCACCAUGCUCAGGGGAGAGAUGUUUGUCUUUAAGGGCCGCUGGUUCUGGAGAGUGAGGAGGAAUCGAGUGCUGGAUAACUACCCUAUGCCGAUCGGACACUUCUGGAGGGGUCUGCCGGGAGACAUCGACGCCGCAUAUGAAAGGCACGAUGGCCGAUUUGUGUUUUUCAAAGGAAACCAGUACUGGUUGUUCAGGGAAGCCAACCUAGAGCCCGGCUACCCUCAAGAACUGAUGGAUUAUGGCCGAGACAUCCCAUAUGACAAGAUCGAGACGGCCAUCUGGUGGGAACCUUCUGGCUUCACGUACUUCUUCAAAGGAGACUGGUACUGGCGCUUUAAUGAGCACUCCAGAGCCGCGGAUCAGGACUACCCUAAACCAAUCAGUGUGUGGGGCACUUCUGUGCCGUCUUCUCCCAAGGGGGCUUUCCUCAGCGAUGAUGGAGCUCAUACUUACUUCUACAAGGGUUCAAAGUACUGGAAAUUUGACAACCACAGAAUGACGAGCGAGCCGGGCUACCCAAAGUCCAUUCUGAGAGACUUCAUGGGCUGUAAUGUGGACCUCGAUCCUGACAUAGACGCCGGCGUGGACCCGGGACGCAAGUGGCCUGAUCGGCCACCCUUCAACCCAGAUGCCGGCCGAGACAAGGACAAGGACAAGGACAAGGACAAAGACAAAGAAAAGGAUAAAGACAAGGAGAGAGACAACACCAAUGACGUGGACUCUAAAGAAGAGACGGAAGAGAAUACGAAUGAUGUGGAUGUGGUUCUGAAGAUAGAUGAAACGCAGCGUACCAUGAACAUCAUCAUGGUGACGGUACCCCUGGCCCUGGUGCUGUGCAUCUUGGGAUUGAUCUACGCUAUUAUUAACACACUACAGAGGAAGGGAGCACCCAAGUAUUUAGUCUACUGCAGACGUUCAAUGCAGGACUGGGUUUAAACUCUCAGAAUGAUCUCCGAUCCCUGUUCACACGCACACACACACACACACUUUCAUGUUCACCCUUCUUUUCCUUUGCCAUGGUGCUUUCCUAACAUGUUGUCUAUUUAUAUCAGAAAAUUUGCACAUUGAUUUUGAAUCAGUUGUUUUUAGGAGUUUUCUUAAUUUCGGUUUUUAGGAUGCCACAAUCUAGAUCUCCAAUCACUGCGUAAAAGAUGAACGGGAAGUCUUGCAGAGCAAAAAAGUGAGGGAAAGGAAAGCGGAUAAAGGAAUAUCUCGCUUAGGAAUAUUUGCAUCCUUUUCUCAGGACUCUCAGCUGUGGUUUUCCAAGUCAUAAUCCAUCAUCAUAAAGACUAUAAGGACCGUGGCCGCUUCUAUCAUAACUGGUUGGUGAUGUGUUGAUAUACAGCGGGGUCCAAACGUCUGAGACCACAAGGAAAGUCUGAGAUUGAGAGACUAAUUUAAACCUGAAAAAAUUCAUGAUUU